AUGUCCGAACCAAGUGAGACCGGAGGCCUCCCAUUGGACUUGAACACACACCAGCAACAGCAACCUACAGGCAGCACCAUUCAUCAACCAUCACCACCUCGUGUCGACUACCGCAAGACAUCACAGUCAUCUAACGAUCUACCCAAAGCAUCCAAGGCUGCCAGCCCUCGCCGUCGUCCUGGAACUACCAAACAAGCGCCGUCCGGCCCCCACACCGGAUCCUCCCGCUCUGAAAAACAGCCAGGCUUGAGCCCUACCAACAUGUCAUCUCACAACAACAUCCACUACACCCGGACUGGGCGUAUCAGCAAAGCAAAGAAGGGACUUAAAGUUCAUAACUGCGAGAACUGUGGAAGAUCUUACACCCGCGCGGAGCAUCUAAGGCGACACCAGAAAAACCACGCCCAGGAAGAUGCGCUUAUCUGCCAAGUCCCUGGAUGCGGCAAGACCUUCGUCCGUGUUGAUCUUCUCCAAAGACAUCAGGAGCGACACAACGAGCCUACGAGAGACUCUCCCGAGCAAAGUCCAGAAGGCUCACCAGAGCCCACAUCCAUGUCUCUGCCCGCUCUCGAGCAGCCUAUGAUGGAAAUGACAACCAACUCCGCAAGCACAUCCUACUACGAGACCGUAUCUCCCGUGCAGGAGACGGCGCCAUUUACAAGUGGGUACGCAUCGCCGAUCGCAUCGACCGACUUCUCCGUGUUUGGCAACCCGUCUUAUCGAGCGCGCACGCCAUCGAACGCAUCUAUGAUGGACCCAUCCUGGGGAUACCCAUCACGAUCGCCGGCCUCGACCACCUCAACGAUGGCAUACCCAUGGGGUUCGAGCGACAAGGGAUCAACAGCUCCUAACCUCGCCUACAUGAACGCAUGCUCCUUCCCCAUGACGAACAUGUCGAUACCGACAAGCAUGGAUGCGAUGACUGGGUACGGACACUUCGGUCCUAGAACACUGGUCCAGAGGGACGAAGAAGAGGGGGUGAUGCUCUUUGGAGAAGAACAAUAUGGUAUGGCUUCGAUCGCACACACCCAACCGUUUGAGCAAUAUCUUGACUAUUUCUGGAGGCUCUUUCAUCCCACUUUCCCCAUUGUCCAUCGACCUACCUCUCUGAACCCGUCACCGAUGCUGCGCGCGGCCAUGAUCGCUAUCGGCAGCCAGUACUCGGCCGAUUCGACCGACAAGAAGAAGGGCCGAGACCUCCACGACCGAUGCUUGAAAUUGCUUGAAUGGAGGGAUCUCAAGGGUUCGACGGAACCGGACCGGCUAUGCGAUUUCCAGGCGAUGUUUCUCAUUGAGGUGCUGUCUCAGUACCGCGCUCGUCGGGCAGCCAAGGUCUUGUCGUCACGCUUCGACAAGGUAUACCAUAAGGCGGUUGAAGAUUGCAGGAGCACGACUUCGAAAGCCGCAGAGCUAUUAGCAAGCCUUGAUCAACUCGAGCAGGUCACGCCGGAGCACUGGACCAGCUGGGUCGAGCUGGCUACCUGGCAACACUUGUUCUUGUCUUGUUACAUCCUUGAGUCGCAGCAGCCUGUUCUACUCGCCCGCGAAGCUCUGACUUCUCUCAUCCACGACAGCCGCUUCGACAUUCCCUUCCCAGCGCAUGGUUCUCUCUGGGAUGCGACCAGUCCCAUCGAAUGGGCUGCAGCUGCUCAGCAGUACCCUUACACGCCAUCAUACGUCGAUGAGGUUACUUCCACGUCCCUACCAAGGCCUCUCGAUACAUUCCAGUCAUCUGUCAUCCUCGCCGUGCACUACAGUCGCCACAAGAUCUCAACACAAUACAUGUCCUCAUCGACGACCUCAAGCCUUGAACAUCUGCUUGACGACGCACCUGCCACUAAGCGCAUGCUAUCCGUAGCAAAGCUAGUACAAGUAACGCCUAUCCGCGCCUUGCUGGCUGUCGCAUGCGAGUCAUGGAUCUUCUCCGAGAAAGUCGCUACCGCCCAAGGUUUCGCAGCGUUAAAGACCACGCUCCGUACAUGGAUCGCACAGCUAUGGUGCACGUCCUCGACGGAAGGCGCGCCCGUCAAAGAAGCACUCAAACUCUCCAUCGACAUCCUCCAACAAGCCGUCUCGGAACAAAGAGAUCGCAUCCCUCUCGAAAUGGGAACAGACAUGUCCGUCUUCUUCGCCGCCCUCGUGCUUUGGGCCAUCACCGUCGCGGCUACCACCCGCACGAAAACCGCCCAUCAAAAGGCCGGACAGCAAAACCGGCGCCCAAGCAACUCCGAGUCUCCACCCAUAUUCUCCCCUACGACAUGGGCCUCAGCACCACCAACUUCCUCUUCCACAUCCACCUCAACCAGCCAACCCCACUCCCCCAUCAUCUCCGCCACACCCGAAAACCCACUCCUCUCCCAUGCGCAAAUCAUAAUCAACACGAUUUCUUUCCUCACAGACACUCUCGCCAUGUCCGAUACCACGGCUUCCUCACAUCAACAUCUUGCCGACCAUGCGCGCCGCCAGACAGGUUGUAUCAGCCUGCUACUGUGGGUUAAGCUCCGUCUGCGUGGUGUUUCGCUUGAAGACCAGAGCGGUGCUGCGGCUGAUGCGUCGGGCGAGGGGCUGGGUGAGCUGUUGGAGGGGGUUGUGGGGUCUAUUGAGACGAUUUUGAAGAAGGGGUGGGGGGACUGGGGAUUUUGA